AUGUCAGCCGCAAAGACCAAAGCCCAGAACCUGAUUAACGAGAAUGCCGUUGUGGUCUUCUCGAAAUCCUACUGCCCCUACUGCAACGCCAGCAAGAAGACGCUCAAGGACCUAGGCGCCAACUUUUAUGCGCUGGAGUUGGAUGAGAUUGAUGAUGGAACCGAGAUCCAGAAUGCGCUGUAUGAGAUCACGCAGCAGCGGACUGUGCCGAAUAUCUUCAUCGGGAAGAAGCAUAUCGGUGGCAACUCGGAGUUGCAGGCCAAGUCUGCGCAGUUGCCGGCUUUGUUGAAGGAGGCGGGUGCUUUGUAG